GGCGCUCAUCACUAUUAUGAAAUUUUUGUGGAGAAAAAAUUGAAAAUAAUAUUAUAAAUAAAAUAGGCAUAGUAAACUGUGUGAAAACUGUAGCCUCAACAAGCAAUAAUGUUGCGCAUCUAUCAGAACACAUACCGGCGAACAGCAAGAAAGGCCGUUGUUUACUCCACCAAAGUGGUAUGCUGCAAUCAUUCCACGCUAUGCAACAUCACUAUGCAAUCGCGCCGCAAAGGUGCCGGCGGUCAAUGGGAGCAGCAUCAUAGUCGUAACCACGAGCACUAUCUGUUAGCGGGCAACCAAGCGAGAGGCUGGACAAUACCGCCGCAUUCGCGAGGUUAUGGCAUGUUUGUGGUGAGGAUACUCAAAGGUGCACUCAAGCUGCGUUAUCUAGUUCUGGGCGGUGCUAUUGGCGGUGGCGUUUCAUUGAGCAAAAAAUACGAGGAUUGGAAGGAGGGUCUGCCUGAUAUGAAAUGGCUAGAGGAUGCACUGCCUCAGAGUGAGAGAUGGAGUCAGUUCUCAAGGAAUCUCAUUGAAGUAGGCAGCGUGGUGAAGAAUGCCAUUGACAUCGAUCCGAGGCUCAAGCAGCUUGGCGAAGAUAAAUUGUCGGAAUGGCGCUCAUGGUUCGAUAAUCGCCUGGACGACGCCCUCGAAGCGGCCGACUAUCAAGGAAAUCAAAUUGUCGAAACCAAGGAGGAUAUUAAGUCAAAGGCGACGGUCGCGGCGCUCGGAAUUCCUGUGGAUGAAAGUCGUAAGAAAUAUGAAAAACUGCAAAGUCAAGUGGAAACGCUGCAAACUGAAAUCAUGAAUGUACAGAUCAAAUAUCAGAAAGAGCUGGAGAAGAUGGAGAAGGAGAAUCGUGAGCUCCGUCAGCAAUAUCUUAUACUGAAAACGAACAAAAAAACGACGGCGAAGCGAAUUAAGAAAUCCCUAAUUGACAUGUACUCCGAAGUUCUGGACGAACUGUCCGGCUAUGAUACGGGCUACACCAUGGCCGAUCAUUUGCCGCGCGUUGUUGUUGUCGGUGAUCAGAGCAGUGGCAAAACAUCCGUGCUGGAGUCUAUAGCAAAGGCGCGAAUCUUUCCUCGUGGCAGCGGAGAAAUGAUGACUCGUGCCCCUGUCAAAGUAACACUGGCUGAGGGACCCUAUCAUGUAGCCCAGUUUCGUGACACGGAUCGUGAAUACGAUCUGACGAAAGAGUCGGACCUGGCUGAUUUGCGACGCGAAGUGGAGUUCCGAAUGCGUGCUUCUGUGCGAGGCGGCAAGACGGUGAGCAAUGAGGUGAUCGCCAUGACUGUCAAGGGUCCAGGACUUCAGCGCAUGGUACUGGUCGAUUUACCGGGCAUCAUUUCGACCAUGACAGUUGAUAUGGCGUCGGAUACCAAGGACUCCAUUCACCAGAUGACCAAGCAUUACAUGAGCAAUCCGAAUGCGAUUAUACUUUGCAUACAGGAUGGCUCUGUAGAUGCGGAACGCAGCAACGUCACUGAUCUUGUCAUGCAAUGCGAUCCCCUGGGUCGUCGCACAAUCUUUGUACUUACCAAGGUGGAUUUGGCUGAGGAAUUGGCCGAUCCUGAAAGGAUAAGAAAAAUACUGUCGGGAAAAUUGUUUCCCAUGAAGGCGCUUGGCUACUAUGCGGUUGUUACCGGUCGAGGCCGAAAGGACGACAGCAUAGAAGCCAUAAGGCAAUACGAAGAGGACUUCUUCAAGAAUUCCAAGCUGUUUCAUCGACGCGGGGUUAUCAUGCCACACCAAGUGACGAGUCGAAAUCUGAGCUUAGCUGUUUCGGAUCGUUUCUGGAAGAUGGUUCGCGAGACUAUAGAGCAGCAGGCCGAUGCAUUUAAGGCAACCAGAUUUAAUCUGGAAACCGAAUGGAAAAACAACUUCCCCAGACUGCGAGAAUCUGGACGUGAUGAGCUAUUCGAUAAGGCCAAGGGCGAAAUACUAGAUGAAGUUGUCACACUGUCACAGAUCUCAGCCAAGAAGUGGGAUGACGCCCUCACAACCAAACUGUGGGAGAAACUUUCGAAUUAUGUGUUCGAAAAUAUUUACCUACCCGCUGCACAGUCAGGUUCUCAAAAUUCCUUCAACACGAUGGUGGACAUCAAGCUGAGGCAAUGGGCGGAGCAGGCGUUGCCUGCGAAAUCUGUGGAGGCAGGCUGGGAGGCGCUCCAACAGGAGUUCAUAUCGUUGAUGGAGCGGGCAAAGAAGGCGCACGAUCACGAUGAUGUCUUCGAUCAGCUGAAGGCGGCGGUUGUGGAUGAAGCCAUACGCCGGCAUAGCUGGGAGGACAAAGCCAUUGAUAUGCUCCGGGUGAUACAGUUGAACACAUUAGAGGAUCGGUUCGUGCAUGACAAAACGGAAUGGGAUCAGGCGGUUAAAUUCCUAGAGAAUUCGGUCAAUGCUAAACUUGCGCAAACUGAGGAAACCUUAGCUCAAAUGUUUGGACCUGGACCGUGGACGCGUUUUGCGCAAUGGAAGUCCCUGACGCCGGACCAGCAGAAGCGACGCAGUGUCAAGGGUGAACUGGACAAGAUAUUAAAGAAUGAUUCGGUGCGUAUGGCCAACCUAAGCUACGACGAACUGACGACAGUCCGCAAGAAUCUGCAGCGCGAUAAUGUGGAAGUGGACACGGACUACAUCCGACAGACAUGGUUCCCAGUCUACAGAAAACACUUCCUGCAGCAGGCACUGCAGCGGGCGAAGGACUGCCGUAAAGCUUACUAUUUAUACACGCAACAAGGCUCCGAGUGCGAGGUGAGCUGCAGCGACGUAGUUCUCUUCUGGCGCAUACAACAGGUUAUCAAGGUGACGGGUAAUGCGCUCAGGCAGCAGGUUAUCAAUCGGGAGGCGCGACGCCUGGAUAAAGAGAUCAAGGCAGUGCUGGAUGAGUUCAGUGAAGAUGAGGAGCGGAAAGCGCAGCUGCUCACAGGCAAGCGUGUCCAGCUAGCCGAGGAGCUAAUUAAAGUACGACAGAUUCAGGAGAAGUUGGAGGAGUUCAUUAAUUCAUUGAAUCAGGAAAAAUAGGAUAUUAGUGUGUGCCAUGACCAAAGACACAACUGCGUUAUCUAUUUAAUGUAUUAAUUUAAGCUCAAAAACAAAACAAUAUACUACGAAACGUUUAUAAUCACA